GACACUAUGUUUCCGUGUCCAUCCACACACCACUCUUUAUUCUAAUUGUGCUGUCUUCAUGACACGAACUGCAUCCGGCUUUAACAGGCGAUGGAUAGCUCCGCUGCAUUGGACCCCAACAGAGCAUCCCAUGGUCGACAAGCCGCCUGCUUGAAUUGCAGAAAAAGCAAGGUCCGCUGUAACCGAAGCCAGGGUGAUGUACACUGUGGUAGAUGCAAGCAGGCCAAUGUAGAAUGCGUCAUACCCAGCCACCAUGUUGGUAGGCAGAAAGGCGUCAAAAACAAACGCAAGGGCCUCGAAAAAGCCAUCCAUCAGAUCGAGCAAGCUAUCAAGCGACCCAGGAAUGACGCCUCAGGGAUUGAGACCGCUCAAAAACUCAUAUCAGACCUUCAAGACUUGCUCAGCAACACGCGAGAACAACAACUUCACAGCGAGGUAGAUGACCGAUCUGAGGACCUCAACAGAUCCUACUCGUACCCUUCUCCCCGGGACAACAAUGCCGGGGACAGCCUGUCCCUAGAUGAUGCAGAGAACCCUUUGCAGCUACUUGCACGUGCCUCGGAUCUUCAGCUAUCACCAGCUGAGGUGCGUGACUCACACAGAUGGACACCUUCAACGCACCCACAACACACAGGGGUGCCACAGAGUAGUACCAAUGAAAUUGUGCCUGCUGCACAAUCAUACUUUGUACCUAUCCGGGCAAGCUUGGACGUCGGCGCGGAUAUAGACCCUAUCGACAUCGGUCUUGUCACCCUAAACGAAGCCGAAUCGCUUUUUUCCUUCUUUUACCAGAAUCUCGCACAUACUCGAUGGGGUUUAGACCCACUGGUUCACACCGUUCCAUUUGUUCGCUCCCAAUCCGCAUUUCUAUUUACCUCCAUCAUGUCUGCGGCUGCCUUGUUUCUAUCGUCUGCCACGGCGCUGUCGAAGCGGCUUUCUAGGCACUGCAAGACCUUAGCUCAGAUCGUCAUUGCCCGACGCCACCGAUCAGUCGAGAUUGUCCUAGCCUUCAUGGUAAAUGUUCCAUGGAUGGAACCAGGUAGUUGCCUAGGAGAUGAUGAUACAUGUUCCUACAUUGCCAUGGCUCUAGCUGUUGCGUUAGAUUUAUCAUUGAACAAGAUCGUGCUGCCAUCCACAAGCUUUGACCAUGGCCUUCUGAAAAGACUCGCAAAAGUCGAGUCUAUCGAUGCAAAGAGAGCCCUGUAUGUGGAUGGGUUUGAUGGCACAGAUCCAGGUUCCGAUUGGGGCCGGAGACUACUUCGGAGGCGAGAGAGAACCUGGAUAGCCUUAUUUGUCCUCGAAAGAGGCGUAUGCCUAGCCCGUGGGCGAAGCUAUACGGUGCCUUCAACCGCUCUAAUUGAUUAUUGCGAUAAAUGGCACCUAUCGGACUUCGCGGACUCCCGUGAUGGUCCGAUGAAUUCAAUGGCGGUUCUCCGGCGGAAUUUGGAUGGCCUCUUCCAAAGGGUAAAGGCCAACUGCGAUAGUCACCAGAUCACUGGUGUCGGGUCUGAAGUAGCUCACUCAAUCAAGAACAUGAUAGAAAGUUUCUACGACCAAUGGUCUGAGACAUGGGCGCCUGAAAUUGGUGAAGGCCCAUCACGCUCUCUUCCACCGUACGUUGAGAUUAUGGCAACGCAUACAAGGCUGUCAACAUACAGUGGCGUGAUCAAUCAUCCUACAGCGCCGGUCGAAGUUAAGCGUUUCUUCCGUGCCGCCGGUCUUUCUUCGGCACUGAACGUCCUGAGAGCAGCCAUCCAAGGAGAGUCGCGAUUAAAGUCUAUGCCCAACAACACUGUUAUCAUGAUCUCCUUCGCUGCGUGUUCUGCGCUUAGUCUCAGUGUGAUGCCCGCAGACUGCAGGUCCAGCCUGGCCCCAAGUGUCCAUAAUCUGAUUGAAGAAACUGCGGGUGUCCUUGAACGGAUCGGGGAGACUCCCAGCCAUAGGAAUGGCGCGUCCGUCCUCUAUGGGCGCUUCCUGAGAGCGCUCGUGAGGCGCUUCCCUGUAAGCUCAGGCUCCCAAAAUCUCCAUGGGCCGCAAACAGUGGCCGACACGGGAACACUACAUCAUCCGUCGGAUAUCGAUGGGCAUUGUCCCGUAACUUCGGGCACGCAGCCAUCGUCGAUCUCGCCCUCUUUUAUUUGGCCUGAGCCGCUCCGGUUUUCCACCAUGUCCGAUGACCAAAUCAUUGACGCAGUAAAUCGAGCCGGCACUGCAUUCGGGGCAAAUAUACCCGAUAUCUCCCUCGACGAUCUGAUGAGCUGGGACUGGUUCGACGCCGGAAAUGCGGCCGACUUUGGCUUCUGAAUGGAGGCAAGUGAGUGGGCUACGUUUGAGCCACCCAUGGGUCUCAUGAACCACUUCAUACGUCACCGAUCGCAUUCUGGUUCCAGACCGGGAGGCCCUGGGAGGUUCCGCCGGUCGGCGUCCAGAAGUAGCGCCGAGUGCCG